AGUCUCAAACUACUAUGCGUAUACUUAAUGGCACAAGGGCGCGUCACUUUGGGACAUGGCCCACUCGCUUGCCUUCGCAGUCCCGCGCCUCCCACAUCUGCACAUCAGCUGCUGGCAGUCUUGGGCACUUCUGGAAGACAGCAUGGCGGCACUUCGGCCGCCUCUUGUCCGUGAGGUGGCGGACAACGCGGAAUCGUUCUUUGAAAUAUGUGAGACAUUCAGGGCAGACGCCGCUAUCGCCAAAAUAAUGUUUAAUUGGCGCUGUUUCAUUGUGGACCUUGCGGCAGUGCGCAAGAUAAGCCUUUUCCGUCGCCCAUGCGAGGCCGCACCGGCAACAUGGGAAGUUCGCUGCUAGACCCACUUCUGGGGCCUGCGGCGCGACAGUCCGAUCGAGGAUGGACUCAUAAAAACAAAUAUUCUGCACCCACGAAAGCGCCGGCGUUGAAUAGAGUAGAAUCCGCCGAAAGCCAUUGGGGGCGCCGAUGUCAACAGAUCAGCACCUAGGCCGGCGCCUCCGCAGCCACAACCUUUCUCGGCAGCACAAGCUGCGCGGGCGCCAGCUCAAGGACCACCUGCCCGACUUAAUGCUGGGUCAGCGAUUCCACAGCUCCGGCUCUUCUCGGCAGCCGGGCAACGGGAAAAGAGAGCGGGAAGAGGAGGAGGAUGAGGAGGAGGAGGAGGAGGGAGGAGGAGGGAGGAGGGAGGAGGGAGGAGGGAGGAGGAGGGAGGGGGGAGGGGGGAGAGGGGACACCUGCUGGGUCAGCGAUGCCACAGCUCCGGCUCUGCUCCGCAGCCGGGCAGCGGGAAGAGAGAGAGGGCGGGAAGCGGAGGAGAGGCGUCUGGCUCUCCGGCACGUCUGCGCGUCCGUCGGCGCGUGA